GGAGCCCGUGAGCCGCCUGGCCCCGGCGGAAAGUUUUCCCUGACGGAGUUUUGGCGGCGGCGGCGGCGGCCCGAGCGGCCAUGGACGCACUCAAGUCCGCCGGGCGGGCGCUGAUCAGGAGCCCCAGCAUCGCCAAGCAGAGCUGGGGGGGUGGCGGCCGGCACCGGAAGCUGCCCGAGAACUGGACAGACACUCGGGAGACACUGCUCGAGGGCAUGCUCUUCAGCCUCAAGUACCUGGGCAUGACGCUGGUGGAGCAGCCCAAGGGUGAGGAGCUGUCGGCCGCCGCCGUCAAGAGGAUCGUGGCCACGGCCAAGGCCAGUGGGAAGAAGCUGCAGAAGGUGACUCUCAAGGUGUCGCCACGGGGGAUCAUCCUGACCGACAACAUCACCAACCAGCUCAUUGAGAACGUGUCCAUUUACAGAAUCUCCUACUGCACAGCAGACAAGAUGCAUGACAAAGUGUUUGCGUACAUCGCACAGAGCCAGCACAACGAGAACCUGGAGUGCCACGCUUUCCUCUGCACCAAGCGGAAGAUGGCCCAGGCUGUCACCCUCACAGUAGCCCAGGCCUUCAAAGUCGCCUUUGAGUUUUGGCAGGUAUCCAGGGAAGAGAAGGAGAAGAGGGAGAAAACCAGCCAAGACGGAGGGGACGUCCUGGGUGGGGGCCGCCGAGACAGCACCCCUUCGCUGAAGAGCCUGGUCGCCACUGGGAACCUGCUGGACUUGGAGGAGACAGCCAAGGCCCCGCUGUCCCCGGUCAGCGCUAACACCACUAACAUGGACGAGGCACUGCGACCUCAAGCCUUAAACAGCAACAGCGUUGUCUGGGAGCUGGAUGAUGGCCUGGAUGAAGCAUUUUCAAGGCUUGCCCAAUCUCGGACGAACCCUCAGGUCCUGGACACUGGACUGACAGCACAGGACAUUCAUUACGCCCAGUGCCUCUCGCCUGUCGACUGGGACAAGCCUGACAGCAGUGGCGCCGAGCCAGACGACCUCUUCAACUUCUGAGGCCUGGGGCUGACAGGACACGUGACAAACCAAAGCCACCCACAUCGGGGGCGGGGGCCAGCUCCAGGACCCCAGCCACUGUCCGUCUGCAGAUCAGAGCUGCAGCCGGUCAAGCAGAGGGAAGGAGAGAUUCUUUUUUAACCCCGUUCUUUCUCUAAGAACUGAAAGAUACCUUGAAUAUUUA